AAAUAAUAUAAUAUGAUGCAGAAAAAUAGAAGGGUUUAAUCAGAAUCAAAGUAAAUAGGGCUAAAAAAGGGGGAAUUACAUAAUUAUGAUUUUCACAAAACCAAAACUGGCAAUUUAAGCAAGGAUAUUCUGGACCACAUUUAAAACUGGGAUUAAUACAAGGAAAAGGAAAAUAGUGAAAAAAAGGAGGAAUAAUAUAAAAUUUAAAAAUUUUAUAAAGACCUAGAAUAAAACCAUUCAUUUAUAUAGUGGAUCUUUCCUAACUUCUUCAAGAGCAUGUUUAAUUCUGAUUGCUAUAGAUUAACAAUUGAAGAGAGAAAUUUAAUGAUUGAAAAUGAUGAGGUUAAAAAUAUAUUUUUAUAUCUAGAUAAGGAAAUUCUAUGUCAAUAACUAUAAAAUGUUUUUAAAAUUUUUAGGUAUUGAAUGGAAUAAUGAAAUAUUAAAAUUAGUGAAUAAAAAUUAAUUUUAGACUUGUCUUAGAAUUAAUAAACACAAUUAGUUAAGAUUAAGGAGAGUAUUGGCUUCUUUAAGUGUUUUAGGAUAAAGAAAUCUAGCUUUGUAAUUGUUGGAAUUUUUAUAAAAAUAUGAUAACUAGCUUUAUGGCACUUAGUAUUAUCUUUAUGAUUCUGUUAAAGAGGAAUAGUAAAAUGAUCUCUAAAAUUAAGAAAAAAAAAAAUAUUCAAAUUAAGAUGGAUAAUAAAAUUAAAUUGGAAAUUUUGAAUAAGAAGAGAUAAAAAUAAAAACUGGUAUUAAGUAACCUGGUAUUUAAGAAGAAAAAGUAGAACAUUUCCAAUAAAUAGAUCAUUCUCUUGUUCAAAAGUAAGGAUUUAAUGAAGCUUAAAAGAAAAAUCAAGAAGAAAAAUUUAAUUCAUCUAACUUUAACAAUCAAUAAUUUUUAACUUAAAAGACACCUAAUAUUAUUUAAGGCAAGUAUGAAAGAGCAUAAUUUUUAUUUGAGUUUGAUGAAGUCAAGAAAUAUUAUGUGUAGGGAGAUUUAUUGAAUUAAGCUUGGGUAACAAUAAAUUUAUUUUCUAAAAAAAGAAUAGAUACAUAAUUACAAUGAGC